GCCAGGUCAAGCCUUCCCAGCACAAAAUAACGGCAAAACGGCAAGACGCCUCUGCCGCGCCUUGCCGAUUUAGUGUUCGGCCCGAGGCGCGUCUAUGGCGUGGGAACUUUAUCCUUGUUUUCUUGGUGACCCAGCUACCAUGUUACGAAUCGGAUCUGCCCUUCGUUGUCUACGGGCAGUCCGUCCUUCUUCGGCAUCGUAUACAACUGCAGCAGCGCCUGCAUCCCUUCACCGUACGGUCCGUGUCGAAAAUCUUCCCUCAGGAUACGAUGUUGGCAGCAUCAUCCAAGCUAUAAAAGCCAACCCUGCGGAGGCCGUCGUGCCUUCAAAAGACCACCUACUCGUCAAGUUUUUCGACGAAUACACGGCAAAACGCUGUGUUGAAGCCAGCAAUGGCGUUCAAAAUCUUUCCUUGAAGAUUGACGAAUCAACUUCUGCGCCGCUGGACGACGCGACCAUCUCCAAAAUCGUAAAAUUCAACUUGACACGCACCGUCAGACUGAGCGAUAUCCCAAAGGGCCUCAGUGAGUACGACCUCAAACAGACACUCUCCAAGUACGAAGGCGUAGACGUACGUUUCAACUUGGCUGAGACGGAAGCCGAUAUACAUUUCUUGGAUAUUCACCAGGUGGCUGACGCAUACAGUGCUUUGAAGGCCACAGGCGCCACUCCGACUCACAUCCAAGUCAUCCCGGAUGAUUAUAUCUUUCCCGAAUGGUAUACACCAGAAGGACCAGAAGCAACACAGGCCGUCGUCUUCUCCGAAUUCCCCUCGCCUGAAAUCCGUAACGAUUGUUAUCGAUUAGUCUUGGAUAUGAACUCCAACACGGUACCUUUUAUCACCACGGUCUUCGCAGGACGAAAAGGGAUAAAAUCCUUCUUCCCAACGACAGCCCUAGCCAAGCAGUUUGUUGAGGAGUGCAAACCGAAGACGGAUGCCUUUGGCGUCAAAGUUGCCUUCGAAUCGACAGUAAGGACACUCAAGGCCAGUUCAAUCACUGCAGUCAGCUUGGGUGCUACUCGUGUAGUAUCUCUACCCGUCACCGUGCAGCCUUCGAAGUUUGGCAGACUCCAGAAUUUCUUCAGAAUCUACGGCGACGUAGCCCAAUGGGGCAUAUCCUCCUCUGAUGGGAGGUUGCUCGUGGCAUAUUAUAAGCUGAUGGGGGCCGCGAGCUUAAUCUCUGCCUACAGUCAAGGGUUCAAACAUAAGGUACCACCGGAAAUUGAGGGUGUUACCCCCACUUUUUACCGGGGCAACAGGUCAUAGCGGGAUACGCAGAUCUCACAGGAUCAUGUAGACACGUUCAUGGUAUCAGCGGUGUAAUAUAUUGCCAAAAUUUUUACGUUGUUGAACUGGGUCAGCAGCGACACCCUUUUCAAUGCUAAGAG